AAGAAGACCAAAGAAACAUUGAAAGACACAAAAGAGUCAUAUUAUACACAUUUUUUUUCUUCUUGGAAAAAAAUGGAUUCUUCUUCAUCUGAAGUAAGGAUAAUCUCAAAAUGCUUCGUCAAACCCAAAACCAUCCCUCAAAAAUGGAAAGAACCUUACCAUUUUUCACCAACGGAUCAUAUAAUGCUCUCAAUCCAUUACAUCCAAAAGGGUCUUCUUUUUCUCAAACCAUCAUUUUCUGAAUCUGUCAAACCAAAAGAGUUCAUGGAGACUUUGCUGCAGAAGCUUAAAGACUCACUAGCCAUAGCACUUGUCCAUUUCUAUCCUCUUGCAGGUCGUCUCUCUACUUUGAAAACCGACAAUUCAAGAUCUCACUCUGUGUUUGUGGAUUGUAAUAAUAGUCCUGGUGCUAGAUUUAUCCAUGCUGAAUCAGAUCUAAGUGUGUCAGACAUUCUUGGAUCCACAUAUGUUCCUUUGGUUGUUCAAUCUCUCUUUGAUCAUCACAAAGCAUUGAAUCGUGAUGGUUACACCAUGAGUCUCUUAUCAAUCAAGGUAACAGAACUGGUAGAUGGAGUGUUCAUAGGAUUGUCUAUGAAUCAUUCCCUUGGAGAUGGAAGUUCCUUCUGGCAGUUCUUCAACUCUUUGUCUGAGAUCUUCAAUUCACAAGAAGAAACCAUUGGGAAUAACAACAACAACAACAACAACGCAUUGCUCUGUCUCAAGAAUCCUCCAAUCAUUCGUGAAGCGACCGGUCCUAUGUACAGCCUUCCCUUUAGUGAACCUAAUGAGUCCCUUAGUCAAUCCGAACCUCCGGUUUUGAAGGAGAGGAUGUUCCAUUUCUCAUCAGAAACAGUGAGAUCGCUGAAAUCAAAGGCGAAUCAAGAAUGCGGAACAACAAUGAUCUCUUCUUUUCAGGCUCUGACCGCAUUGAUAUGGAGAAGCAUUACAAGAGCAAGAAAACUACCAAAUGAUCAAGAAACUACUUGCAGGUUUGCUGCUGGAAACAGAUCAAGAAUGAAUCCACCAUUGCCGACGAAUCAAUUUGGAGUUUACAUCUCUCUUGUGAAAACGACUACUAAAAUCGGUAAUCUACUGGAGAAUGAGUUUGGAUGGAUUGCUUUGAAACUGCAUCAAGCUGUUACCGAACACACUGGCGAAAAGAUCUCUUACGAAAUAGAUCAAAUGUUGAAGUCUCCUUUACCGUUGCAAGCAUAUCGACUUUCCAAUUUGAACAUAGUUCACAUGGGAAGUUCUCCAAGGUUUAACAAGUACGGAAGCGAGUUUGGGAUGGGGAAAGCGGUGGCGGUUAGAAGCGGUUAUGGCGGUAAGUAUGACGGGAAGGUAUCAGCUUAUCCAGGAAGACAAGGAGGAGCAAGUAUAGAUUUGGAAGUAUGUCUACUUCCAGAGUUUAUGGAAGCUUUGGAAUCAGAUCAAGAGUUCAUGUCUCUUGUCUCUUCUUCCACCUGAUCCUAUUCAUAUUUUCCAGACACAAAACUCAAGUUAUUCUUUAUUUCAAACACAAAUCUUUGGAACCAAAUGUUUGCUUGUUACUCUAACUGUAUUCUGCAGUUGUUAAAUGUUUCCACUUCAUUAAGAAAAGAACUAAUAUAUUGAAAAUCUAUGUUUGACUUUAAGCAACAAAUUCAUCAGAAGAAUGGGGAGAAGCGGACGAGCUUGGUUAUGAACAGAGUUCUGGCUACUUUUACUUCCGGAGUAAAUAGCGAGCCCGUUGGUUCGAUUGCUUAACUCUGUAGUUGAGCUCAUCAGCAUUAUCUUGAAGAUGAUCCAGUUCAUUGGUUUGCCUGCGAUUACAGUGUUGCCUUCAGAAACGAGAAAGCUCUUAGAGA